AUGUCAACAACAUCAAUGAUAUUAACUAAAAAAAAUAUAAUAAUAUUAUCAAUUAUAAUUAUAACAAUAAUUGCAUAUCAAUUUUAUAUAACAUCACCACAAUCAUUCCCAUCAUCAAAUACAAUCACAAAUACAAUAAAUACAUCUGGUAAAGGAUUAGAUUAUACAGAAUUAUUAAAUUUACAAAAAGAUUUAAAAGCGCAACAAACUGAAAUUAGAAAACAAUUAGAACAAUUAAAAUAUUCAAUUAAUGAUAUAAAUCAAAAUCAAAAUGAAAAUCAAAAUCAAAUUAACAAUGAAUAUAAUAAUAAUAAAUUAAAUGAUGAACAAGAAAAUAAUAAUAAUAAUAAUUAUAAUAAUAAUAAUAAUAAUAAUAAUAAUGAAUUAAUAAAUUAUAAAGAAAGAAUUAAAAAGAAAUCAAAAGAACAACCAAAUACAUGUAUACCAGUUGAAGGUAAAUUAUUAUGUUUACCAAAUUUUAUAGUUAUUGGUACAAUGAAGAGUGGUACAACAUUUUUAGAUUAUUAUUUACAAAAGCAUCCACAAAUCGCUCAUCAUAGUAAGAAAGAGAUUUGGUAUUUCAAUAGUUAUUAUGCAAAUGGUAUUGAAUGGUAUGCAAAACAUUUUGAACAAUAUACAAGUUUAGAGAAUCAGAAAUUAAUUGGUGAAGCAACACCAUUCUAUAUUAAUAAUCCAAAUACUGCACCACGUUUAUUUACAACCCUAAAGAAUGCCAAAUUGAUUCUACUAUUGAGAGACCCAGUGGAACGUUCCUUAUCACAAUACCAUUUCUCAAUUCAAUGGUUAAAAAGAAACAAGUCACCACCAUUGGAAUACUCUUUUGAGCAUUUAAUCCAUGAAGAAGCUGACGUAAUUGAAACUUGUAUACGUGGUCAUGAGAGAUAUAAAGAAGCAUUUAAACAAAGAAAAGAAAUUGAAAAGAAUGGCGGUGGUGGUUUACUAAAUGAUAAUACUAGUGGUGAAGAAUUCAAUUUGGUUGAUCCUUUUUACACUUUACAUUCUGAAAAGAAUUGGACAUUCUAUAAAGAUUGUAUUAGAUGUGAUAAAUGUUUCCAAAUUGGUUCAAUUCUUCAUACAAGUGGUCAUCCAACUUUUGGUAUGUUAGCAAAAUCACUCUAUUUUGAGCAAUUGGAUUAUUGGUUAAACUUUUUCCCAUUGGAACAAAUUCAUAUCAUUAGAUAUGAAGAUAUCUCUUCACAACCUGAAUCAGUUUUAAGUGAAUUAGAAGAUUUCUUAGAUAUUAAUCAUAUUGAUUAUGGUGAAUUUAAACCAAGAAAUGUUGUACAACAUGAUCCAAUGAAUCAAGAAAUUAAAUCAUAUUUAAUUAAUUAUUUUAAACAAAGUAAUGAAAAACUUUAUAAUUUAUUAAAUAGAGAUUUUAAAUGGCAAAAUUAA